AUGCACCAGGUGGUGCCAGACAGCGGGGAGGGGUGGCAGCUGGUGCAGGUGGAGGGUCUCGUGGGGGGUGGGGGGGCGGUCUUAAGGUCUAAAAUCCCCCUGAACUACGAAGACCACACACACAGAGGGGGUCUGCAGCUACAGGUGCAGGUCACUGAUCAGGGCGAGGGCAGUUGGGACGACCAUCAGAGGACAGGGCUGGCGACCGUGACCAUCGUGCUGGUGGACACUAACGACAACUCCCCUCAGUUUGAUGGCCAGGAGCGGACCAUCGAGAUGGCCGAGGACGCGGCCAGCGGCUCGGUGGUCACAACGAUGGUGGCCACCGACCAAGAUGAGGGUUCAGGGGGUCUGGUGAGCUACGGGAUCUCGCCCCCCAGUGACCCGCGGGGGACGUUCGCCAUAGACACGGGCGGGACCGUCCGGCUGGCCCGGGUCCUGGACCGGGAGAAGACGUCCCGUCACGUGCUGCACGUGCUCGCCUGGGACAGCGGGGACCCGCCUAACACGGCCACUGGGACACUGACUGUCACAGUCCGCGAUGUCAACGACAAUCCGCCAAUCCUGAUUGGCCCGCGAGUGCUGGCCCUGCCAGAGCUGGACGCAUCCAGCCCGUCCAGGUCCAGGACGAUAUUUAACGUCACGCUGGACGAUCCAGACGACUGGACAGCUGGCAACGGACCUCCUUUUGAAGUUAAAGUUGAUCCAGUUGUUGAGGUGGCGCUGCAGAGCUUCUUGAAGUUGUCGCACGAGCCAGGGAUAGUGACAGGAGAGGAUGGUGUGGUGGUGACAGUGACAGCGAUGGUGGAGCGUGAAAUGGGCGGUGUGCUGGCAGUGCCGCUGAUAGUGACAGACUCUGGCACUCCUCCUCUGUCUGCUACCGUCACUCUCACGCUGGCACGGUCGUCUGGUGACAGAACUGUGUUGUCUGAACACAAGUUCAUUCAAGUCGCGUCCAUCAAGCAGGAUGAAUGA